AUGGCGCAGAACCAGAUUUUCAUACAAGCAGAGGAAUUUAGUGGUAUUGAGAAUCCAUUUGAAAAGUCAACCAUCACCACAACCACCCCCAACCUCCAGGCUCUGCAGCAGAGGGGAAGGCAGGGAGGCAAAAGCGGUCUUGCUGAACCACGAACAUCCAAUGAUGCGUUGUUGGUGCCCGAAGACUCUCAUCAUACUGGAGUAGAAAGACGGGCUCUGGUUCGCUACCAACCCCAGACCGUGAACAAUCCAGAGGUGACACUCAAGAUCAUGUGCGGGUUGAUGGUGUUGAGCUUGGGACUCAUUUUGGUAUCUUCUUCCUUCUCUCCUCAAUUCAUGCCAGUGUAUUUCACCCUGUUGAAGUCUGCUUACCCAUUCACAGCAGCCUUCUAUGUUCAGAGCAGCCUGACCAGAAAUACUUUGAGCUGUUUAUCAGCUGUAGUGGAUUUCAUUCUCCUCUCUAUUGGCCUGGUUGCUUUGGGCCAUGCCUCACAGCAGUGUGACUUGGACAAAGAGGUUACGCCAUCCUUACAGUAUAAUUAUUACUAUGAUCUUCACACAUAUAAUGCCAAGGUGUGCUUCGUGGCCACCACCAGUGUGACUGUAAGUAUUUUGAGAUGGGGUAUUCCAACCUUAUGAAGUUCCUGAAAGUCUUGGCUUCUUGUUUUCCCUUCUUUUGAAAGCUUUAUUCUUCCUGGUUUGAGAUUCUGGGGGAAGAACAGGGCUAUAUAAAGGAAAGGGGAUUACAUGGCUGAGAUAAAUGUUCUGGACUUUGGUAUUAUAUCACAAUAAGACAGAACUGAAGACUAAAUGUCAAAUAAAGUUGAUAAUGAAUAACUGAAAUUUAUUGUUCAUGGGGUUUCUUAAUAAUAAAACUGCUACUAUUGUUAGAGGCAUAAAAUAUGAAUCUGUCAAACCAAGAACCUUGAUAUAUAGAAUAAAGAACUGAGAAGGCAAAGAUGGCAGAAAGACUCACAUGAUCAGGAUGCCAACAAGGAAACCCGG